UCUCCACCCGUUCCCUUCUACAUCUCCACCUCCAUUUUUCCUCUCUCUCUCUCACCCUUUCCUAACUGUCUCACUCUCUCACUUUUCCUUCCUUUCCUCCCGCUCUAAAAUUCAUCACCCCUCCAAUGUACAAUAGACUUCCCUUCUAAAGGAUUGAGAACGAGAGAGAGAGAGAGAGAGAGAGAGAGAGAGAGAGAGAGAGAGAGAGAGAGAGAGAGAGAGAGACGGGGGGGUGAGCAAGAUAAAGUUUCUGUAACAAUGGAAAUUCAAUCAGGAAAUGGAGAGGAGGUGGUGAGUGUCACGUCGGCGACCUGGGGCUCCGUUUCCUGCCGUUCCCCCGGCUGGCGGUCAGAGGCGUCAGACGACCCGGCACUCGGAGAGGACCAGCAGCCGUCCAAAAGGAUUGAGAGGUUCGACAUCCCGCUCGACAGCCUGAAGAGGAUGUUUGAGAAACCUGCAUCGGCACACACAGAAGUGACACCAGUCCAUACAUCCCCAUCCAGAAGAACAGUGUCCGGUGUUGCUCAGUUUGACCACAGGACUGACGCGACACCAGAACAGAAAAUGGCGUCGUUUCAAGACCCCAGUGUUUCUACUCCCAGCGCAGGCAGAUCCAGGUCAGGAUACCCUGAGGAAGAGGUGAUCCAGAGGGACAGGGCACCUGGUGCCGAAGACCCGGAGCAGGGGCAGGAGCCGGAGCCGGUCUCUGUGAAAGAGCGUCUGGCUAUGUAUCAGGCCGCUGUGUCCAAAAAAGACACCAGCAGUUCCUCCUCUACCGCAGUCAUGGAUGAGUCAGAGGCCUGCACACUGCCCGGAGGUCUGGCCAGUGUUAAGAGACAGUUUGAGAACCAGCAGUUUGCCUCCUCCUCCCAGACCUCCGUCACCGAGCACCACUUCCAGCAGAGAUCUGAAGUGUCCAGCUCCUCAGAGGUGACAGUCAGAAGCAGUACCAGAGAGGUCAUUCCUAACAGCCACCUGUUUCAUGAUGAGCAAGAGCAUCACAACGUGGCCGCCAGUUACGCAGACCACUACAAUGAAACAGUUAUGCUUGUCAGUGGAGAGGACCUUCCAAAGAUUUCUACUCAGGCUUUGAAGCAGCAGUAUGAAAAAAGCAUUGAAGAGGCUGCGCCGAGCAAGCAAAUUAAGGUCGAUGUGGAUCUCAAUGGGUUUCAGUGGGCUCCUGUUAUUCAGGCAUCUAAGGGCUCAGCCAUGACCAAUUAUGAAACCUCAUCCACUGUAAAGACAGCUGCAGCCUCUUCGACAGCCUCUGCCUCUUCAGUGGCCUAUGAGACUAAGGACCAUUUCCCUCCCCCACCCAUGGACUUGCUGUCGGCACCGCAAGAGGUCUCCGAGUGUAGUGUCUCUCCCCAGCCCCUCGAUACAGUGUCCCAGCAGAAGUAUGCUGCUACCAAGGAGCAAUACUUUAAACAGAAAAGCAUGGCUGAGCUAAAGCGCCUCUACAAGCACAUCCACCCAGAGGUCCGCAAGAACCUUGAAGCAGAUCUUCUUAGCCAGGUCGCUGAGGGAGAACAGACAUACUCUGACAAUGACGGAGGGGAGGUGCAGCAGGUGUGCUACAUGUUUGAAAAUGAUGGCGGUAGUCCCAAUAGGUCUAUGAGCCCCGACAGAGAGUACCUGGAGUGGGACGAGAUCCUUAAAGGGGAAGUGCAGUCCAUGCGCUGGAUGUUUGAAAACAAACCCCUAGAUACCAUCAAAGAUGAUACCCCAGAUGAAAAUGAGGUGAAGAACAUUGCCCAACAGGAAAUAAUUGCUGGCAAAGAUGUCAGAUUCACAGCGUGGAUGUUUGAGACUCAGCCCAUGGAUGCUCUGGGAACAGAGACUCCCGAUUCAGCUGAGCAGUCAGAAAAACUGACUGAACUUGCAAGAGGUGAUGUGCGAACAGCUACCUGGCUUUUUGAAACGCAACCACUUGAUUGUCUCAAUAAGAUCUACCAAGAGGACGAGCAAGCCCUGGAUGUCAUCGUAACAAAAAAUAUCACCGGAGGAGACGUUAAAACUGCCAGGUAUCUCUUUGAGACCCAGCAUUUGGAUUCCCUGGGCAAAACAGAGACCAUUGAGGAAAGCCACUUCCUGAACCUGAAGUCUGAGCUUGAGGAGAUCAAGGGGGAAGUCAAGACAACCACACGCAUGUUUGAGACUCAGCCCAUGUGUGUCAUCAGGGGUGAUAGUGGGGAAAUGCUGGAGAUCACCACCAUCCGCAGGGAAGAGACCGAGAAAGGAGACGUAAAGACAUCACGUUGGAUGUUUGAAACCCAACCUCUAGACGUGAUCAACAAAGAUCCUGCUCAGGUAAAGUUGAUCUGUGGCGUUUCCAUGGAGGAUGACGUACAAGGGGGUGUGAACAAGUGCAGAUGGCUUUUUGAGACAAAGACCCUUGACACAAUAAAGGAUGAUGAAUGGGAGGGUUCCGGGAAGCUCAAGGAAGAAAUAGUUGGAGCUGAUGUAAGGAAGCAUUGUCUGGUAUUUGAGACUCAGCCAAUGGAUAGUCUGAAAGACAACGCUAAUGCCAAACCUCUGCCAUCAGAAGAGAUUGUAGGUGGUGAUGUUCAAAGUGCAAAACAUCUGUUUGAAACAGUGCCCAUGGAAAACCUGAAGGAUCUGCCAGAAGUAGGCAAACUCCAAAAGAGGGUCGCCACUGAGGAGGAAAAGGGUGAUGUGAGACAUCAAACAUGGGUCUUUGAGAGCCAGCCACUUGAAAAUAUAAGGGAAGAGAAAAAAGAAAUCACACGAACUGUGAACUUAGAGGCUCUCGACAAAGGAGAUGUAACCAACUAUAAAGAAAGGUUUGAAACCAUGGAUUUAAGUAAAUGUGAGGAAACGCAAAAAAUACAAGUUGAGGGUGUUAAAAGUGGAUCUGUGAAAUCCAACAAAGAUCUUUUUGAAUCCACCCCAAUGUAUGCUAUGCAAGACAGCUCUGGUCAUUAUCACGAAGUGAAAACUGUGAGGCGUGAGGAGAUUGUGAAAGGAGAUGUGCGGAGCUGCAGAUGGAUGUUUGAAACACGCCCUAUCGAUGAGUUUGAUGAGAGCAUCAAUAAGUUUCAGAUUAUUAAAGGUAUAUCAAAACAGGAGAUCGAGUCUGGGGAUGUCAAGACGGCCAAGUGGCUCUUUGAAACUCAAGCACUAGAUGCCAUUAAAUUUUUCAGUAAUGUUGAAGAUGAAGAGCAUCAAACUAAAGAGAGUAUCGAAAUUGAGAAAGGAGACGUGAAAACUUGUAGGUGGCUAUUUGAGACUCAACCGAUGGACGUCUUGUAUGAGAAGGUAGAGAGAAGUGAGACUGAUGUCCAGGAAGUCCAAAAAGGAGAUGUCAAAACAUGCACAUGGCUUUUUGAAACCCAAACCCUCGAUAACAUACGUGACCACACAGAAUCAGAGUCUGAGACAGUUCUGAAAACAUGUACUGUGAACCAAGAGGACAUCCAAGGUAAAGAUGUGCGCCUGGCUCGCUUCCUCUUUGAAACUGAGAACCUUGAGAACAUCACAGGUGAGGAUACUAGUUCCUUCAGGAGGGUCACAGAAAUCAACAUCCAGUCGGGCGAUGUCUCUAGGAUGAAGUACAUUUUUGAGAAUCGAUCCUCUGACAUUGUGAGCUCGACAUCUGAGGAGAUAAUGCAGAGACUGAAAACACAGCAGGCAGAGGACAUUCAGAAAGGAAAUGUGACCAAUUGCACCUGGAUGUUUGAAAAUCAGCCAAUAGAUGCCAUUCACGAUGAGUCCAAAGAAACCAAGGAAACACGCACCGUGACAGACGUGCAGGGUGGCAAUGUCGACAAGGGACGCUUCAUUUUUGAGACAUUUUCUCUGGAUCAAAUUCAACAGGAGUCCACGGAGACAGAUAUCUCCAAACUCACCAGUACCAUCAAGGAGGAGAUAGAGAGGGGUGAUGUGAAAAACUACACUAUGAUGUUUGAAACUCAGCCGCUGUAUGCCAUCCGUGACAAAGAGGGACACUACCAUGAAGUAACCACUGUUACUAAGGAAGAAAUAAUGAGAGGAGAUGUUGUAGGGGCCCGAUGGCUUUUUGAGACUAAGCCGCUCGAUUCAAUCAGGGAUUCAGAAGAAGUCUAUGUCAUUCAAGCUGUAACUGAAGAAGGGAUCAACAAAGGGGAUGUUAGCUCUGCUCGAUGGAGGUUUGAAACACAACCUCUGGACGAAAUUGCAGAGGACAUAAAAGUAAGGUCUAAAACCGUUGAAGACAUCCAAGGCGGUGAUGUAAAGACAAACAAACAGCGUUUUGAGAGUGAUGAUAUGUCUGAGAAGUAUGUCAGAACAGUGAGUGUGAGCGAGAUCCAGAAAGGGGACGUCAGGUCGGCGACGUGGAUGUUUGAAACACGCACUAUUGAUAAGAUUCACGGAGAAGGCACUGAAUAUGAUGCAAUGGAGACGGUGACCAAAGAAGAGGUGAUGAAAGGGGACGUCAAGCAGUCUGUGUGGUUGUUUGAAAAGCAGCCCCUCGACAGAAUCAAAGAGACUGAUGGAACAGAGCCUGCUGUCACAAAAGAGGAAAUACCCCAGGCAGACGUUAAGACAACAACAUGGUUGUUUGAAACCACCGCUUUCGACGAGUUCAACGAGAGCAAUGUGGAAAGAACGGAGAUAAUGGGUAAGAGUAUCAAAGAGACCCUUGAGGAGCUUUACUCUCAGAAAAUGGUUGACUCACAAGGAAUACUCAUUGAGGCAGACGAGAUUGGCGAUGUUCGAAUGGCAAAAUACAAGCUGAUGAACCAGGAUGCCCCGCAGAUCCAAAAAGAAGAGGUUCUUAGGGGAGAUCUAAACAACAUUAUGAUGAACCUUCUGAAUCGCAGGGAGACAACAGAGAAGGGGAUAACUAUUGAUAAGGAAGAAAGGGGUGACAUAAACACCACCGUGCAGCAGCUUUUGAACCAGGAGAAAGGAAUCAAUGUUGAGAAGGAGGAAAUCAUCAGGGGUGACAUCCAAGAGGCCAUAAACAAUCUCCUCAAGAAGGAGGGUUCUUCUAAACAUGGCAUUCUCAUUCAAGAGGAUGAAAAGGGGGAUGUGAGAAUGACUAUCUAUUCCCUCUUAAAUAAAGGGGAGAGAACUAGCUUUGAAAAGGAGGAUAUUGUUCAGGGCAAUGUCAGCAGAACACUUCAUAGGCUUUUGUCUAACCCAAACGCAGAGGAAUCAAAGAAAAUAAGGGUGGGGGACACGGAAAGAGGUAACGUCAGCUUUUACUCCACCUGUAUCGAGUCUGGAGCAUUAGAUUACCUUAAACAGCUCCAAGGCGAACCUGAUGAGUCCCCAGAAAAGGUGGAGAAAGAGCACAUCAUAGGUGGUGACAUUGAGCAGACCAAAAUCACUCUGAGGAGGACUCAGCAGCAGAUAGGUCGCACAGUGGCGGAGGAUGAUAUAGUCCCUGGUGAUGUACACAGCACUGUCAAGGUGUUCAUGACUGAGCCUGCUGUGAGCUAUAGAAACCUAGAGAAACAAGACAUAGUUAAAGGAGACCUAAGAGGAGCCAUGGAUUCACUUACCCAGGCCGUCAAUCAAAAGGUGACAAUAGAGAAAGAGGAAGUACUAAAAGGAGACUUGCACACUACUUUGAGGUCUCUGGAAGAGGCCCAGAAUCACGCCAAAGAAAUGGAAAAGCCCGAAAUUGUACGGGGGGACAUCAGAAGUGCCCUUGAAUCACUGGAGAAAUCUGUCACAGUAAAAACGGAGGCAUCUGUGGAGGAUUUAGUGUCGGGUGAUAUCAAAAGUACCUUGAAGUCCCUGGAGGAGGCAAAGCAGGCUGUGAAAGAGGUGGAAAAAGAGGAAAUUGUCAGAGGAGAUAUUCAGACUGCCAUGCAAAGUUUACAUGAGGCAUCAAGUGAGAAAAAGGUUUACCAGCAUGAGGUGAAUGAACAAGGUGAUGUCAGAGGCACAAUCCAAUUACUGCUUGAACCCUCCACCUCCCCAAGACUGCAGCGUAGAGGGAGCAUUGAAGGGGAUGUGAAAACCUCCAUAAAAUCCCUCUAUGAGGGACAGGAGACGACACAGCUUGAAAAAGAGGAAGUAAUAAAAGGAGAUGUCCAGGGGGCUAUAAAGUGUCUCAUGGAAAAAAAACAAUAUUCAAAUCCGAAACGCAUGUAUCCUCCCAAGAAAGUGAAAGUGCCCGUGAAAAAUCCAUUACCCACAAAGCUGGUGGAGCAUGAAUGCUCACAUGUGGCCAAAAGUGAGAGUGUAACAGUCAACCCAGCCCCUGCUGUGAAGAACCUUCCUCUGAGCAGCGAGUCACAAAAGCACAAAGUGAAAACUAAUACCAUGACCCAGGAGGGCCACACUCUCACUGUAGCCAGAGCAGACCAUACAUCAGAGUCUUCUCAAAAGAUAAGGGUAAAAGAAGAGAGCGUGAAGCAGAAAACCCCAGCCCAGCAGAAAGCAUUAGCCCCAAAGCCAAUUUUCAGAAAGAACAAACAAAUGGCAAAUGAUGAGCAGAUGGAGACAGAAACAGUUGUUGAUGGCAAUGUGACGAGAGAGACACAAAGCACAUCGCAGACAAACAUUGCAUCCCAGCAAACACGUGAAACAAAGGUAGUCAAACAAGUGCAAACCUCAGUGACCGAGCAUAAGACUGUCACACACAAGCAAAGUAACAUGGCAAGCUCGAAGAGCAGUUACCAUAACCUAGACAUCAAGGCAAAGGGUGCACUCAAAAAAGGGAGGCCAGAGAUACACUUUCCUCCCCCUCCGCCCUCAUCCCCACCUCCGCCAUCCGAAUCGGAGCUCUCCCUCCCCCCGCCUCCAUCACCUGUGACUGAGGGCCCUGCUUCCCCUGCAUACUGCCCCCACAUCAUGAGGCAGGACAGUGACCUCCCGCCCCCACCUCCACCCCCGCCCCCACCAGUGGAGUGUACCAAAUCGGAGUCGGAGUUUUUCCCCCCUCCUCCCCCCCCUCCUCCCCCGUCUGCUGCCGGACAGUACUUCCUCCCCCCACCUCCCUCGCAGCAGGAGCUCAACGCGAUGCCUCAGCCGCCCCCAGUCAGGCCGGUGAAGCCAAUGGGCCGGCCCACGUACAAAGUACCAGUGCCACCUGAGACGCCCAAGCAACCUGUACAGGUUAGACCCAAGUGGCAGAAAAAACAGCCAGCUCCUGCACCACCACCACCACCGCCGCCUCCUCCUCCUCCCGCCCCAGAAACGAUGACAUCAACUGAAGUCAAAGAAGAAGUUUCUGUUCAGGGAGUGAAAAAACAGGCAGGUAGUCAGGCUGAAACAAGCAGGCAGAUUAAUUCUGAAUCAAAAAUGGUGGCGGCAGUGGCCACAACACAAAUGCCUACGGGGAUCCCCACAGUGAAGCCAGCACAAAAAGAAGUGCCACCAUCCCCUAAAAAAGUGUUUGUCCCCCCUCUUAAACUGCCCCCGCCUCCAGAACCCACUCUUGCACCGAAACCCAAACAGUAUGCCCGCAAAUUCAAAACUCCUCUCAUGCUCGCGGAGGAAAGGUACCGCCAACAAAGGAUGGAGAAAGAGGAAACUGAGCGGAGUAGUGCGACCACUCCCGUCUCUCCUCCACCUGUUACACAAACAUCCCCCAUUUCUGCCAGUGGUCAGCUUUCCACAUCACAGAAAACGGAGGAAGAAGUGACUGUGGAAGCAACACAAACAAAGGUAGAAGAAUCUAAGGCUGUUACCAAAGGAGAAAAAACAGCACAUGAGACGGUUGCAAAGGGAACCCCGUCUCACAUCCCGCUGAGCAAGCCUUUAAUCUCGGUGGUAAAUAAGAAACCGUCCUCUGGAUCUCCAAAUGUCUCCUUGGAUAAAAAAGGUCGGUCAGUCUCUGCUGCUCAGGCUCAUCAUGAGGCUUCCGAUUUGAAAGUCCAGUCAGGUUCGAAUGUAGUCUCCUCCUCAGUGGUGGAGCAGCAGCAGUUUAUUAAGAAAUCUAGCUCCAAGUCUGUCUCUACCACACAGAGCUGUGUCCAAGAAAAUGUGAAUCUUCAAAGCCAGUCUGUGGUCACACUGAAAGCCGAGGAAGCAAAGAAUAUUAAUGUGGCUUCUAUGCAGGAAGGAAGAAAGGCUCCCCCUCAGCCCACUAAAAUUCCAAAGGUAACUCCGAGCUUCAAGGUUAAAACCUUUAAGAUGCCAGCAGAGAAAAGAGAGGACAAAUGCGACCUUGCCGCACAAAAAGAAACUUUGAAGAGUGAAUCACGAUUACAGCAGGACAAUCGCGCUGCCUCACAGAUAAGUGAAGGGAAGGCGAUUCAGGAGAGCAACCAAGUGACGGCGGCGAGCAGCGAGAUUAAAACGGAAAUCAAUGUUAAAGAGGAGAAAUGCCAGGCACCACAGCGCGUUAAAGACACCCAUAUCGAGGUGCAAACGAAAAAGACGAAAAAGAUGUCAAAGACAGAGAGCGAGGUGAAACCGUCCCCGUCCAUUGCUGUUGUUUCUGUGGCCAAAGAGGCUCAGGUAGUGCCCGUGCCAACUCCUCAAGGACGAGGCCACAUUUCUGUCUCUCAAAGCCACCACAGCAUGAAGGAGGAGCACAGACAGUCGCACGAGGAGGUCCACGUGAGGCAGAGUGUCGUACGUCAGACGCAGGAGGCUGUGCAUACACAGAAGCAGCAGAUCAAGAUUUCACAACAGCAGCAAAUAAGAGAAACAAACAAAAUGCAGGGGAAGAGCGGUAAAACAAUAGUCGAGAAUAAGGAUGCCGUCAUUAAGGGAGAAGGUCAAACUGUACAUGCAGAGGGUCAGUGUUCGGAGAGCAGCGUGGACUUAGAGAAACGUAAAAUAAUGCAGCUGCUGCUUACUCAAAUAACAGAGCUCCAGGGCACACCAAACGAGAUAGACUCAAAUGCUGUCAGAGUGAUUAUCGGCCAGAUCCCGGACUGGAUGAUGGGGUUGGAUGAGAAAAAGAACUUGAGUGAAAUCGCUCUCCGCCAGAGUAAGAAAAAGCUAAAAGAGAUGGUCGUCUAUGUGAGAAAUAUUGCUCAAGCAAAGCUGACAUUUCUGGAAGACAGCAUGACAGCCAUGGAAAAGCAGGACAAAGGAACGCCAGCAGCACCACCUCCACCAUCCACGGUGCUUCCGAAACCUGACAAGAAAGUUUUGGGAGGAACAGCUGCCAAGAUAUCUAAAAUAAGCAUCGGGUCAUCUAAGGUAGAGACACAAAAGAAAGUGGCUGAGGAGAAAAAGAUUUCUCAUGAGGGCAAAGUGCAGCCGGAGCUGAGCGAGGCGGCAAACAGGGUUUCCUCCCCCUUGAAAAGUAUUCGCACCCCAUCACCCAUCUUCAUUAGUAUUGAAUCGACGAAAAGGACAGACAGAGUGACCCCUUCGCCUCCGCCCUACAAGUCUGCGGGGACGCCCCCUCCGCCGCCCCGCAAGUCGUACACGGCCACGUCUCACCUCAGCAGGGCCACGCCCUCUCCCACCCUCAGCCGAACAGAAAAACUGAUGAAGCUGCAGGACCCCGCAGCUAAACUCUCUCGGGAUGUGACCCCUCCUCCUCCUCCUCCUCCUCCUCCUCCUCCUCCAGUGGCAGUUUCAGAGUUUUCUGCAGAAUCUACAGCCGAGAGAGAGGAAUUGUCUCUGCAUGGCAACAGGGAGAUUCACGAGGAGGCCGGGGAGCAGGGAGGGGUGGACGUGACCGAAAUGGUCGACUCCAUGAGGACCGUCAAGGACAAAAUGUCUUUCUUUGAGGAGGCCCAGAGAGCUGAGAUAAGCAAGAUGUACAUGCGGAAGGACCCCAUCGACAUCCCGGAAAGACUGGGGCCUGACGCAGAGGACGUCGCCGAAAGCACAGUGAACACAGUGAACGUUGACCUUUUAAAGGAAGACCUCCCAAGGGUUGACCUGUCAAAGCUGGUGAAUCGAUUUGAGUCUCCACAGCCAAACGUUUAUACCAGAAAAGAGCCCAUUGUCAUCACGGAGCGGCUGGAGAGCGAUACAGAGAAUGCGGAGGCGGAGACGAAAGUGCAAAAGACUGAGGACGUUCCUGUGUUCAACGUCAAAGCAAUCAAGGAUGUGUUUGAGACGGGGGAGCACAGCUCUCAGGCAGCCAGAGAGCUGAGAGAGCAAAUAGAAAGGAGGGAGUCCGAGUCAGCCCACACCGAACCGGUGGGGCACUCCGAAACAACAUCCAUGACCGAACAGUUCUCCGGCGUCGAUGACUACGGUAACCUCACCAGUCAUCAGAGAAGUCAGACAACCAUGCUGUCCGAGAGCACUGUCACACGUGGUAGCCCGCCCUCGUACGCCGACGUGGUAAGGGGCACGGUGCCCACCUUCAACGUCCCACCGGAGGCCUCCACAGAGGAGCUGCUCAGGAGCUUCCAGCAGUCGUGGGCCGAGAGCCAAGGAGUUUUCGAGAACCUGGGCUUCAGCGUCACAGAGCAGAGGACUUCGCAGAUUGUGACACAGCAGCAGGAGACGGUCGUAACCGAAAACUCGAGUUCCAGAGUGCGAGCUGUGCACGGUGUGUCGGAAGAGGGUGUACCCCAUGGAGUCGCUGAUAGCGGACAAACAAAACUUCCAUAAAAGCUGCUUUCGCUGUGAGCACUGCAAAGGCAAACUAAGCCUUGGCAAUUACGCCUCUCUCCAUGGACGCAUGUACUGUAAGCCACACUACAAACAACUGUUUAAGUCCAAAGGAAAUUAUGAUGAGGGAUUUGGGCAGAAACCACACAAGGAACUUUGGAGUGCUAAAAACCAGCAG